CCACGGUCCCCUGUGCUCCUCCCCGUUCGCCGCCGCACGCCCCCACCCGGGCUGGCCUCGCCUCCUCGGCGGCGGCGGCGGCGGCUUCCCCGUCGUAGCUGUUCUUCCCGAGGAAAGGGAACCAGGCGCAAGCCAUGGAGGGGAACCGGGAUGAGGCAGAGAAAUGUGUUGAGAUCGCCCGGGAGGCCCUGAAUGCCGGCAACCGCGAGAAGGCCCAGCGCUUCCUUCAGAAGGCCGAGAAGCUCUACCCUCUGCCCUCGGCCCGCGCACUAUUGGAGAUAAUUAUGAAAAAUGGAAGCACUGCUGGAAAUAGCCCUCAUUGCCGAAAACCAUCAGGUGCUGGUGAUCAGAGCAAACCCAAUUGCACAAAGGACAGCAUAUCUGGUGGUGGUGAAAGUGGAAAAGGCUAUACCAAAGACCAAAUAGAUGGAGUUCUCAGCAUUAACAAAUGUAAAAAUUACUAUGAAGUACUUGGAGUUACAAAAGAUGCUGGUGAUGAAGAUUUGAAAAAAGCUUAUAGAAAGCUUGCUUUGAAGUUUCAUCCAGACAAAAACCAUGCACCUGGAGCAACAGAUGCUUUUAAAAAGAUUGGAAAUGCUUAUGCUGUUUUAAGCAAUCCAGAAAAACGAAAACAGUAUGAUCUCACGGGCAGUGAAGACCAAGCAUGUAAUCACCAAAACAAUGGCAGAUUUAAUUUCCAUAGAGGUUGUGAAGCUGAUAUAACUCCAGAAGACUUGUUUAAUAUAUUUUUUGGUGGUGGAUUUCCUUCAGGUAGUGUACAUUCAUUUUCAAAUGGCCGAGCUGGUUAUAGUCAUCAACAUCAGCAUCGACAUAGUGGACAUGAAAGAGAAGAAGAGAGAGGAGACGGAGGUUUUUCUGUGUUUAUCCAGCUGAUGCCCAUUAUCGUAUUGAUCCUUGUGUCAUUAUUAAGCCAAUUGAUGGUCUCCAAUCCUCCUUAUUCCUUAUAUCCCAGAUCUGGAUCAGGGCAAACCAUUAAAAUGCAAACAGAAAAUUUGGGCGUUGUUUACUAUGUCAACAAGGACUUUAAAAAUGAAUAUAAAGGAAUGUUAUUACAAAAAGUAGAAAAGAGUGUAGAAGAAGAUUAUGUGACUAAUAUUCGAAAUAAUUGCUGGAAAGAAAGACAGCAAAAAACAGAUAUGCAGUAUGCAGCAAAAGUAUACCGCGAUGAUCGACUCCGAAGGAAGGCAGAUGCCUUGAGCAUGGACAACUGUAAAGAACUGGAGCGGCUGACUAGCCUUUAUAAAGGAGGAUGAACUGGAAUUUUUAUUUAUACCUUUCAGCGUGCUCUUUAUCUCUUCUGUAAAUUUAAUUUCAUCAUGAGAGCUGAAGAAAAAGAUUUGAUAUUAAAAACUGAACUGAAUAGUUGGUUCCUGAAAUCUUGGGCUGUUUAUGACCUAUUGGUUCCUUUAAAUAGUAAGAACUGACAACUAAAAUUAGUAUUUAUGUUUCUGCAAUUAUUUUCGUUUUAAAAGCUUAUAUGAUUCCUAACUAAAUAUGUCUUGAGAAAGGAUUCUCAUACCUGUAGCAAUUCAGUUUUAGUGAUUCUCUACCUUUUCCCUCAUGUAAAUAUUUAUGGAAUGAUCAUUUUGUGUACAUACAGAUUAUUGCCUUUUAUUUAAAUUCUUUUAGUGUUUAGCUCCAUAAGACACUUCCUUUAAGUUGGUGGAAUAAAUGUUUUAUGACACAACUUUUCCCUGUCAGGUGUUGAGUAUGUGGAGUUUAAACAAUGAAACUUUUUCAGAAAGAAAGAAAACAAAAACUAUUUAACUUUAUGUAAAAUCUUAUAUAGCAUUAUCAGCUUAGAGGGAACUGAUAUUUUUAAUAUUGCCAUUAUAUUCCAAAAUAUGUAUUGAGAUAAAUGAACUGGUAUAAUGUAUCAGUUUGCUAUUUAGUUUUCUGAAUUGCUAAUCCAUGCAUAGAAAUGAAAUGCUAUGCUGAUAGAUUUUAAAGAAAAUAUGAGGAAAUGGCUAUAAAUAUUAAAUUAAAAGGGUCUUCAACAGUAAAUUGCAGUUAUGCCAUUUGCAAGUCCAGUAAUUAAAAGGCCCCAGCUGUUUGUUUAUGUGUCUUUGAAGGCUGCUAAAAUUUAUUUAGAGAACUCACCUAAUUUUCCCCCUAUGGAAACUUAAGUUUCUUAGUAAUCAUUUAAAAAUGCAGGAUCCAAAAGUCAAUGAAUUCUACAAAUAAAUAGUAAGAAAAAUUACUACCAAAUUAUAGCCUUGUGCCUUUUAACCCUAUUGCCAACUCUGAAACAUGUAAGUAGAUCACAAUUCACUUAUUUGAUCAGAGCAUGAUCUUUAUGGCCACAUGCAACAGUGGGCAGAAAUACAGUAGCAGGUAGAAUAGUGAUUUAUAGCAAAUCAUCCUUAAGAAAUUCUGAGCUAAAAUCUACUCUAACCAUUGAGUAAUUAAUUAUGUAGGAAUAAGCUCCUUGUAAUUAAAUCCAUAAUACAAGUUAGAGAAAAAACAGCUGGAAAUUGAAGUUUUUGGUGCCUAUAUAUUGAAAAUGAAACUAUUUUGAUUUCUAGUCUUCUAUGUUUAACAGGUAUAAUAUUUUGAUGCUUUUUCGUACUCAGUUAAGGGAACAUGAACAGUUUUGGGUAGUUUUUUUUUGUGAGUGAGAGAAUACUAGAAUGAGUGGCUUUGUUCUUUUAUUUAAGGAUUUCUUUCUUCUGGGUAUGUUUGAUUUAUGACGUUUGUUAAAUAAAACCACUAAAAUGAUAUUCUCUUAAAAAUGUCCUUGUUUCCCCUUUUCCAGGUGAAUCAGUAGAUAAUGUCUAAUUAAAUCAGUACAUUAAAUUAAACAUGCUGUCCUAGGAAACCUGGACAACUUACCCAACUUGCUUAAAAGAUGUGACCUUUAAAAAAAAAAAAAACAGUGCUUUAAAAAUAUAUAUAUAUAUAUAAUUUUAAGUAUUUUUUGAGCAUGUAGAAUGAGUAAAGAAAAAAAGUCAUCCUAAGUACCUUUGAAAGCUCUCAUGUAUCAGAAAUUUAUAAAAAUUUUAAUGAAAAAAAUUUCACCUUUAUUUUUCCAGUGUUAAUGUAAAAUUUACACUGUUGUGAUUGAUACUUCUUAUUGACUGAUUUAUUUCCUUAAAUCCCUGCUUUGAGGGGAUAGGUGAAGUUAUCAAAUUAAGUUUUACAUCAUAAAGUUAUACAUGACUUUCAGACAGUAUUAUAUUUCAGGUUUAUUGCUACAUUCUAUUUGAUAAUCUGUUAGGGGAAAUGUGUUUGAAAAUUAAAUUUUCAAAUCAACUGUGGAAAAUGAUUAUAGAGUGCCUGACGAUUUAAGCCACAUAUAAGGUAUGUAAGAAAGAUUGAGUCCCUAAUGUUACCUAUAUCAUGGUAUAAAGACCUAAUAAGUACUUAAAAUUUUGGGUUAAUCUUUAAAAGCAAGAUUUUAGAUAUCUUGAGAUUUCAGAUUUUCAUAUUUCUUAUUCCUUUAUGAUAAAACUCCCAGUAUUCUGCCAUCUUAUUUUUAGCUAGAGCUUUAAAAUAAUUUGAUUUGAUCAUUUUAAAGACCACCUAAAAGCCCUUUAAUUUUGCUUAUUAACUAGCUUCUUUAGCUGAUAUUUUGGAAGUUUGGCAGCAGUUGUUUUUAUUCUUUACAUUGUUUAUCCCUUUUUAUGCACUACUGUCCUUGUGAGGGUUUGAGGAAAAGGAAAUAGUAUCUUUCCUCUUCUUUUUGGCUUCCUUAGUUCCCAGAUAGAUCGGUGCUAGUCUUUAGUCAUUUGUAAGUUUUAGAACUUACUUUGAUCAAAUAAGACAACUGAAUUCUCAAUAAUGAGAAAUUUCAAGUUAUUUAUCUAAUAAUCUAAGUGAAUAUAACUGAUUUGGGGAACAGAUUAUAUUGGAAUUCUUAAUUAUUUGUUUCAUAAUUGUUACAUGUUUCUUUAUGAUUUAUAAAGGUUUUGUAGAGAAAAGUAAAAUCUUUAAGGCAUUUUGUGAUAACGCAUUAAAGGACUCUGCUUUUGUGUCAGCUCAGGUGUUCACGGGAACAGGAAUAUGGAAUGCUAGUCCUUACCUUUAAUUGCACUUUCAUGAUUAAUUUUUCUUCCUGUUAAAUCUUUUACACUGGUAUGUAAAAUAAAAAGAAAUGAUUAUUUGAUUUCCCUUCUGAUGAUCUGUAAUGAUUUAAAUUGCAGAUAUUUAAUAUUACUUAUUGUAUUCUUAUGUUUGAUUUUUAAAAAAUCUCAUACCUUGUGAAGGCAAUGAAAUAUUUCUCAAUGACCUGAGGACCAAAGGAACCAUCUUUCCAGUUAAACGAGUAUUAUUACAAAGGACCAAAUGGUUAAAAAGAGAAGAAUGUGUACAUUUACUUAGCUUCUGCAUGUGAAGCUUGGGUUCACUACUACCUGUAUUACUUACCCAUCUUCAUCCAAGUGAAGCAAACCGAAAGGGAAUUCAUAACAUUUUUUCUCAUCUGAACAACUAGUGAAAUGAAUAACAAAUCUGAAUUUUAAUCUUCACUAAAUAGCUGAAAACCUUGUCUUUUGGCUGUGUUGGGCUACUGCCUCAUCAAAAAUACAUAAAAUUCUCUGUCAGUUAAUGAAAGAGAAAGGAGUAGUCUGGCAAUAACUUUCAAAUUUUCCUGAAUUCAGAUUUUCAGUUAUGGCUAAAAUGAGGCUUUUCAUUCUUGCAUGCCCCUUUAAUAAUCUGGCAGGCAACACAGUCCUAGAAUUUAGGCUUCCUUUUUGGUUCAUGACUAUUAAAUAGAUAAUUCCUCAAAACAUACUCCUUAUAUUAAGGAUUAUGUAACCACAUUUUUUAAAAUAAAUUCCUUUUUCUUGUUGGUAUGUGAUUCCUUUUCAUUUAAUUUGAUUAUCUGCUGGUGUUGGGGCCAAUAGAUUUGUGAAUAUUCUGUGGAUGUGUACCUGUAUAAGUGUAUAUAUAUUUUCUUCCAGCUAAUACCUCAGAUGUGUGAUUGUUUAAUAAUAUAUAUACCACACUACAUUUGCACAUAGCAGGGCUUCCAUUAGCAGUGGAUAUUCAUAUUUCUAAAUUUGAAAAUCAGUCCACAGAAUUUCAUUGGUGUAAAUUCUUUCAGUUGAUCUUUUUUUCAUAUUUUAAUGCAAAUUCCUACUGUAAGGCCCAUACUUCAAAUAUAAUUGUAUCUUUCUAAAUCUAGCAAUCUGGAAAUAUAUAAAGGUAAGAAGUGUUUCUUAAAGUAUCUUAAUUUAGUAAGUGAUUAAAAAUUGGGAUGAUUAGUUGCCAAGAUGUCUAGUAACUGCAUAGCAGAUGACACCUGGCAUGAAUAUGGGUCUCAUUUACUUCACAAGAUUCUAUAUGUUCUGAUAUUCUACUUAGUCAUUUAAGAGCACCAUUAAAAUAGUAAACAUUUUCAGUGACUUUGGAGUAUUUUAAUCAUUGAUUUGAAAAUGAAUUGUUUGUGAGAUUGGAUGACUAUAAUAAUGAUAAGAAAUGUAAUUGAUAUUUUGUAAUUUAUAUUAAGAAAUGCUUCUUACCUUUUUUUGCUUUGUUUUGAUUUUUAGAUUGCUACAUAAGACUUUCUUAUUUAAAGUUUAGUUUUAGUUUGUUUUAAAAAGCUACAGGUAAUUUUCAAGGUAUGAUGGAAUUUUUAAUGGAAGCCUUAUGUAAGUUGAGUGAUGUGAAACUGGUAAAGGAGAUAUUACUUUAUUUGUAGUGCAUUCAAGAUUAUAUAAUUAGGUUUAAAGAUGAAAUGUCUGAUUUGUAAAAUAUUUAAUGUUAUAUCAGACUUAUAUAAAAUAAAAUUUUCUGUGUGAGAACUGUUAAAAUGCAUUUGAUUUUUAAUGAAUGUUCUACUGAAUGAUUUAUGAUGAAUUUUUUGUCUUUUAGUCUCUGUAGUUUAUCUCAAUAUAUUAAUAAAAAGGUUUGUUCUCACUGUAAA